AUGGCCAAACCAGAAGCUUGUGCUCAUGAGGAGCAGGCGGAUGCGCCUGCGUACAAACCAAGUCCAUUCAUGAAAGCGGCAGCGCAGAUUAUUGAGGCCUCUGAAGGCCAUGUGCCUGACGAUUUGCACUGGGAUCCGCUCACUAUGAGCUAUGGUGGUGGCUCACACCUUGCGGGAGAUGCUAUUGAAUUGCCGACUGAACUGAUGAUGAAUCUCGUCGGACCUGGCUUGGCAGCUGUGCGGCAUACAAAACCAUCUCCAGCGGUACCUCUUGCCCCUUCGCAGGAGCGCGCCAGGAAGCGACUUCAGCUGCGGAAGGAAGCUGCAGCCAGGGAGGCUGCAGAGAAAGCCGCUCAACCAGAGAAGGAGGUGGAGGAGCCUUUGGAUGAGUCAUGGAUCGACCAAUUGGAACAGAAAGAUGCAAAGAAGAAGGCAAACAGAGAGAAAGCCGUCCAGAUCCGUAAAGAGAGGAAAAAGGCCCGCAAAGCAGAUGCAGCAGCGAAGCAGGAAGCCCUAGGGCUUACUGAGCCUCAGGAAGCUGAAGAGGAGGACGAACUUGCUUCUGAAGCGCCGCCAGAACCAGAGGUGCUGCAAGAGCCGGAAGAUGAGGAUGACGAUGAUGACAUGCAGCCUGUGGAGCAGUCCAAGCAGCGCAGAAAACGCCAAGCAAGACAGGCGCGGCAGCGUGAGGAAGCAGAAUUGGCAAAGAGAGAGGAGGAACGCAAGCGAGAAGAGGAGAAGGAGGCUGAAAGGAAACCGCAAGAGAAGCAACAAGACACGGAGAAAGCAAUGGCACAGGAGUUGAAGGAAGCCGAACAAAAGCGACAAGAGGAUGAGAGGAGACAGAAACCUGGAGCUCACAAUCAGGAGGAAGACGUUCGAAGGAUGGACGACGGCGAAGCUGAUGACAAGAUGCAAGAAGGGCAGAAGACUGGAGAAGAGGAUGAAGACAUGGAAGAGGAUUCGAAAGAGGUUCUGAAGGAGGAAGACAAUAGCGAAGAGGAAUCGAAAAACUCGAAGGAGGUGAAGGGAAGACAGGAGGCUCGGCCAGAGGGUGAGCGCCGCCGAAGAGGGGCGACCUGA